AUGCAGAAAGCAUGGGAUGCGUCCGAAGGAAUACCAGGGAUACUGGGGGGAACUAAAUUGAGUGAUUUGCCUUCAAGGCAGAUGUACUAUAAAUUCGAUAGUGUGUAUGGUACUUACAAAAGUAUCUACAAUAACGUCGAUACAAUAGAAGGGAAGUUAAGAGGGUUUAAUUGCAUUGAUAGCGAUAUUGAGAAAAUUUUGUACGCGUGGUACUAUGUGUUCAUGAAGGAAAGUGUCAUUUCCCCCAAGGAUGCACCAUGUUAUUACCUGUAUUAUUACAUAGGGAAUAUAUUAUGGAGCGGUACGGGGGGGAAGGACCUAUUUCUCUCACAUAUGAGGGACUUAUAUACUGCACUGAAGGGUGAUCAUUAUAAUGAGAAGUGCGAACUUAUCCACAAGAACGAAAUUACCGAAGCCACAUUCAUCACCAGAAAAAAAAUAUUCGACUAUUCCAAAGACCACGACACCAUCAAACAACAAAUACUAGAUUCUGCGAAGGAUAAGUACAAAUGCACUGAAACAUAUUUGAAGUAUUUGGAGGACAUCCUUACCACUUAUGAUACAAUGAAAGCAAGUUGUCCAGAAAAUGGUGCAAGUUCCUCCUCUCCUUCUUAUGAUGCUGCAUAUUGUACAGAAUUCAAUAAAAUGUUUAAAGAAUAUAAGCAUGAAGAAAUGAUGACUUUGAAAUCACAAUUAGUGAAGCAAGCAAAGUCUGCUUCGGCUGACGCCUCCUCCUUCAUGGAAUCCUCUGAGGUGAACAUUCCUGUUGCUGUGUCCUCCAUACUUGGUGUAAUGGGAUUACCAGCACUUGGUUACUUUAUAUAUAAAGUAAUGAUCAUAAUAAAAAUAUACACAUAUUACACUUCCUUACCUUCUUUGAUAAGUAACACCCUUUCCUCUGGUGGUAGAAGCAACCGAAAAAGAAGAUCAACAGAACGACCGUUCAACAGGUUUUUAGACGACUCUACAACAGAAUAUACGACGGACAACUCUACCAUAGAAUCCGUAGCAGAAUCAACAACAACGGAUGAUUCUACUUUAUAUAAUGAUGGAAGGCGCAGGAGAGGCGGAAGGAAUAGAAGUAAUACAAGGCCGAGGAAUGUGGCUUAUCAACGUAUAGGAGGAAAAAAAAAAAAAAGGAAAGUAUACUAUUACUAUGAAACCAUCAUAAAUAAAAAUGCAAACAAAAGGGAUGAGAUUUACGAUAGAAGAGAAGUGUUAUUAUAG